UACACUUACUUCACAUGCUCAAUUCAAGUUUUUGUGGAAAGUAGUAAUUGACAGAAGUGUUAGCCCUGCUGUUAAAGAAGUUUAGUCCCUCCACUCAGAAAGGGAAAGGCACUAAAGACACAGCUCUUGAACUACUAUUUUGAUCAACUCAUCAGGAAAAGUGUCAAAAUCAUGAAUGGACCGGUGGAUGGCUUAUGUAACCACACUGUAAAUGAUGAAGGUGCUUUCAUGUUCACAUCAGAGUCUGUGGGAGAAGGGCAUCCAGAUAAGAUCUGUGAUCAGAUCAGCGAUGCUGUGCUAGAUGCCCAUCUUCAACAGGAUCCAGAUGCCAAGGUUGCUUGUGAGACAGUGUGUAAAACAGGUAUGGUGCUGCUCUGUGGGGAGAUCACAUCCCUCGCUGUUGUCGACUAUCAGCGAGUAGUUCGAGACACAAUUAAGCAAAUCGGCUAUGAUGAUUCAGCUAAAGGCUUUGACUACAAGACUUGCAAUGUUCUGGUGGCACUGGAACAACAGUCACCUGAUAUUGCCCAAGGUGUUCAUCUGUACAGGAAUGAAGAGGAUGUUGGUGCUGGUGACCAGGGGUUGAUGUUUGGCUAUGCAACAGAUGAGACAGAAGAAUGUAUGCCUCUCACUAUUGUCCUCGCUCACAAAUUGAACAGCAAGUUAGCAGAGCUGAGGCACAGUGGUGAUCUCCCUUGGCUUAGACCUGACUCUAAGACACAGGUCACUGUUCAGUAUACCCAGAAAAAUGGAGCUGUCAUCCCGGUCCGUGUUCACACCAUUGUAAUAUCUGUGCAGCAUGAUGAAACCAUCUCGCUGGAGUACAUGCGCAAAACCCUGAGAGACUGUGUGAUUAAACCUGUCGUUCCUGCCAAAUACUUGGAUGAGAAAACAAUUUACCACCUUCAGCCCAGUGGGCGUUUUGUCAUUGGGGGACCACAGGGUGAUGCUGGCGUUACUGGUCGAAAGAUCAUUGUGGACACUUAUGGAGGAUGGGGAGCCCAUGGAGGUGGUGCCUUUUCAGGCAAAGAUUAUACAAAGGUGGACCGGUCGGCAGCAUAUGCAGCCCGCUGGGUGGCCAAGUCUUUGGUGAAAGCUGGGCUGUGUCAUCGUGUUCUGGUUCAAGUUUCUUAUGCCAUUGGAGUGGCUCAACCUCUCUCCAUUUCACUGUUCACUUAUGGAACUUCCCAGAAAACAGAGAAAGAGCUACUGGACAUUGUGCACAAGAACUUUGAUCUUCGACCUGGAGUCAUUGUCAGGGAUUUGGAUUUAAAGAAGCCAAUUUAUCAGAAGACUGCCUGUUAUGGUCACUUUGGAAGAAAUGAAUUUUCAUGGGAGGUGCCUAAGAAACUUGUGUUUCAAUAAUAAUGGGUCCAUCACCAAAGCAGAAGUGAAGAAGAUUCCACUAGUCAAUAAGAUGUUGGCAAAAAUCAGCACUGACUACUCUUUAUCCAGCUCAAGGAAUUUCAGAUUUUAAAUGGACAGGAUAUUCUCAUGAGAAUUAAUUCUUGCUCUCAAUCCUAUCCUAUUUCAUUGUCAAAAACACCAAAGGCAGAGUCUGUUUUUAUCAUCACAAGAAGACAAAAUACAGUUUAUUUUACUGCUGCUAUGUUGGUUCCACUGACAAAGGCAAAAUCUGACUAGGACAUACAAACCAACGUUUGGGCCUUAACUCUGUUACAGUGUGAUCUUGCAUUCAAAAGAAAAGGUUUCCCUCAUCAUUCUAGCUAAGGAGCAGUAGGUCUCCUCACCGACUGGACACUAGGAAAUCUGUGGGAGACAGUUUUCAUAUAGGAGCUGGUAUUGAAUACACCUAUGGGGAAUUUUGCUUCGAGUGGGUUCAUUAUCAUGUAACUGCAACAUAGUUGCUCCUUCAAAGGAUGUUGUUAGGUGCUUAGACCUCCUUCACUAGUUAUCUCUGCUUACCACAAUGUUCCAAUCAGCUGUGAUUUGGUGACUCAAACUUUUUCUUUUAGCUACUAUGUACUUAUACUUGCUGCUUUUCUGUGUGUUUACAUAUUAGCAUUCCGAAUUUUGGAGUCAGUGGCUCAUCCAACAUAUGGCACAUGAGAGCUCCAUUGACUUCUCUUGGAUUGUGCUAAUAUGAACACUGCCUAGUAGCGAUAAUGCUUUUAAACAGUGUAGAGCAGAGUGCUGUUAGUACCCUAUUUUAAUAGAUUUUUAAAGGCAUGGUGUCAAGGUAUCAUCCACAAUUUGUGGAGUUAUUUUUCUCCCACUGGUGUUUAUAACAACAGCCCUUUGGGAGAAUGACACUGAAAUCUGUUUCUUUAUUGAAAUGUGCCGUCUGUUAUUUUUAUGCACACACUGGUUUGCUUUGGAGCAUUGCUUUGAUUUUUGACAUUGAACACUACUUGGGGACAAAAUAUUCACACAAAAAUAACCAGAACACAUUGGAAAUAAAAAGUCCUUAUAUGUUAAAAUUUGGAUCUACCAAAUUUGACAGCAUCUUUAACUGAAAGACAAUGAUUGAGUAAUCCUCUAGAUGGCAGUAUUACCCAUCCUAGGUUUACAAGUUUAACAUCUGUAGAAAACACUUGGCUCUAGGCAAUGUUCCAGAAUAGCUUGAGUUGUGUAUAUGUUACUGCCAAAGUUAAAAGUAACCAGCUGCUUUUUACUUUAGCAGCUCUACUUACAAAUUGUAGACGGGGAGAUUUCUGUGAUCCAGGCAAUAACUGGUUGAGGGAGAGCGUGUCGUUUGUGUACCCACAUACUAUGUUGUCUUAAAGUGUGAGUGAAAGAAAAUGGGAUUAGUCCAUUUCUGCAAAGGACUUCAGGCCAGUCUUGGUUAUAUUGGAGUCAUAGGUGGGUUUUCUUAUUGACUUCAGUGAGACUGGGCUCUGGUCUUCUGUCACCAUUUCAUGUUGGUGUAGUAGGCACCAAGAGUGAAAUUAAUGUUACUGCAAGGGUUGAUCAAAAAUGCCACUCGAAG